AUGUGUGCCGACCCACAUAAAAGGACGAGCGAGGCGCAGCUGGCUAAGUCAGGGCAGGAUUCUCGAGUCGACUCGUCUGGGACAGCGGCGAACGCAUCGACGACCGAGCCUGGGUACUUUGAGCUUCGGCAUCACGUACCCGAGACACCGGCUACGCCUGGCGUGUCCAAUCAUGCGUGGACGAGCCUUCUUCCUUCCUCGGAGCUGCCGGCUCCCAAGACGCCGUCUUCCCAUUCCGCGCCUGUAUUCCCACUCCCUGCAACAUUAAUGGCCCCACGCAUAACCCCAAGGCUCUUGUCGCCAACGUCAUCUCAGGUCGCCGCGCGCACGGCCGACAUGAAGCAGUACUUGUCACUGGAUCCAGAAAUGUUGUUGAAGCUACUGCAAAAGAGACCUAUCCUUCAACAUCCUAUACCAGAGCAUGUCCUCAUUCUGGAUAUCCGCCCCACCACCGCUUUUGUGCGCGCGCAUCUUCGGGAUAGCACGAAUGUUUGUGCUCCUACAACGCUUUUGCGCCGCUCUGAGUUCACGAUUGAACGGCUUGAGGAGCAAAUUUUGGAUGAGGGGCCUGAAAAGGAGACAUUUCAGCAAUGGCGUUCCUAUACCGACGCACCUUCUCGGAUCAGUUGGAUUGUUGCGCUCGAUACCGAUUCGACCAAGCCAACAUCCAUCGGUCGCUCCAGUGCAGGGGGCGGUGGUCCAUCGCUUCUUGGUUUGCUGCGCAAGUUUGAUGUCGCCGGUUACAAAGGCACGCUGUGCUGGGUCCGUGGUGGCUUCCAUGCCAUUAUGGCGCUUGCAGAGUCGGCAGAGUUCAUCGAGCACGAUACCACAAAGUCUCCAUCAUAUAUCCCACAUGCCAUGCGGCACCGAGGUCUGACGCUAGAUGCAUUUCGCCGUGCCAGCACGGUCGAUGCCGGGCUCGGUGGCACGGACCGGCUGCAGGCGGCGAACCCAUUCUUCGAUAAUAUCCGGCAAAACAUGGAAUUAUCGUGCGGUAUCACCGAUAUUGUACCCUUAGAUCUUGAUCUUGACGAGGCUCAACUUGAACGCAUGCCGCGUUUUGUGCGAGACCUCGCGAAGAUGGAGUCUUCCGUCCGCGCACGUCACUUGGCGGAGCUGUUUUUUUCGAUUGAAAAGUCUGAGCAGCAAAGACUUCAAAAUAUCAUGCAACGCCACUCGCAAGAGUCAUCUUCUGUCCACUCCAAGGUGCCUCGUGCCCCCGUACACGUAUCGCAAAGCGCCUUAUUCCCCUUGUUACCCAGUACGCAUGAAUUAUCAGAGGAUGCCUUUCCGUUGAGUAUCACGGCGGCCUUGGAGCGUGGGCACGAUCAUCGAUACCGAAACUUUUGGCCGUUUGAGCACAGUCGCGUCAAGUUUGAACAACCAACGAAGGAUGCUGAGUACAUAAACGCUUCCUACGUGAACCCCUUGCGUGCCUGGGGUGAUCACCACGUCUAUAUUGCAACGCAGGCACCGAUGCCAUCGACUUUCGGUGCAUUUUGGCGCGUAGUUUGGGAGCACAAGUCACCUGCGAUUAUCAUGGUCGCUCGUGAACGUGAAUCAGGUCGCCUGCAAUGCGACGACUAUUGGAGCCUCACACGUAUUGGACCUUUUCAGAUGCGCAUCAUGUCCGAGCGUGCUAUAUCCCAGGCUGAGCUGGAUAGUCGUGAGGACCGAGCUGACUCGAUAUCCCCACACCAGGCACCUGUGGUGCUACGUCGCACGAUCGAGUUGCUUCACAGUCAGCACCCCGAUGAGCCAGCCCACAUUGUGCGGCAGUACCAGUUCCUGGCAUGGCCGGAUCACAGCGUGCCUGACAAGCCAGAUUCCCUGCUUGGGUUGAUGCGUCUUGUGCACGCCGAUACAGCAUCCAAUCGCGAUGCACCGACCAUCGUGCACUGCUCGGCUGGUAUUGGACGUACAGGCACUCAUAUUUUGGUGGAUGCCGUCAGCACCUUUCUCCACCGAGUGCGUCACUUGGUGGACAAGGAGGCGACGUCCCCCCAGGUCGAAUAUUGGGAGAGUCCCAAUGACCUCAUCUAUGAGGCACUGAUGGUGAUGCGUGAGCAGCGCAUGAGCACUGUCGAAACGGUUCGGCAGUAUGUCUUUGCCUACAAAGCCGUCAUUGCCUCGCUCCUUCCUCCCUCUGUACCAUAG